AUGAAAUCAGAUAGUGUUGCAUCAAUCAUUUCCAAAGUGUCAACAACAACAAAUGAUGAAGAAAAUCUUGAACAAAUAGCAUGGCAAAAUCCACCAUCAACAUCUGAGGAUUCACUUCCAUCACCCAUUGUUCCUGUUUCACGUCGAACUCUUUCUUUAUGUUCUGUUUGUGGUGACAAAGCAAGUGGAAAACAUUAUGGUGUAUUAAGUUGUGACGGUUGUAGAGGAUUUUUUAAACGAAGUAUUAGACGAAAUACAAAAUAUGUUUGUAAAGAUAAAGGACAUUGUCCAGUUGAUCUUAAUCGACGAAAUCAAUGUCAAGCGUGUAGACUGAAAAAAUGUUUAGCAAUGAAAAUGAACAAAAAUGCUGUUCAACAUGAACGAGCACCAAGAAAUUCUCAAAUUACAAAAACAAAAUCAUCUUAUCAUUUAUAUCCAAUUCCAAAUACGGUACAAUUUUGGUCACAUACACAUCCAACAGUAACACCAACAGAAACAUUUUCUUCAUCCAAUGGGUACGUAUUUAACAUAGAAAAAUCAUCAUUAUUAGAUCAAUACGAAAAUAUUGCAAUAAAAGAUAUGACAAAUAAUAUUAGUAGUCCUACAUGGAAUAAUUACGUAACACCAACAAUAUCAAAAUCAUUAACAUCUCACUUUCACAAUGUUUCAAAAUAUAGUAAUGGUGAAAGUUCUGAUGAUCAUUCAUUCGAAACAGAUUUAUCAGGCAUUAUGAAAGAUGAUAGUACAGAGUUAGUCAAUACAUCCCUACAUUCUACAGUUCAAUUAUCCAUCACGAAUUAUAUUUAUGAACGAGCUACAUAUAUUUUAUUUGCUUCAAUUCGUUGGGCACGUACAAUUCCAUCAUUUAUCCAACUUCCAGAUACCGAUCAAUUAACAUUAUUACAAGAAUCAUGGUCUGAACUAUUUUUGAUAACAGCCGCCGAACAUCAAAUGUCUAUUGAUGAAAAUAUGUUUAUACUAUUUAAUGAUAGUGAUGAAAAAAUAUUAGCAUUAAAUAAAAUUCAAAUAAUUUUAAAUCAAUUUAAUCUUCAUUCAAUCGAUAAAAUGGAAUAUAUGUUAUUGAAAGUUGCUGUUAUAUUUAAAGCAGAUGUGAAAGACAUACGUGAACGUUUUUUAAUCGAUACUUAUCGUAUACAAGCUAUCACCAUGUUAAUGAAUCAUAUUCAACAGCAAUCAUCAUCUGUAAUAAAAUCUCUAUCACCAACCCUACGUCAUGUUAAAUUAUUACAACUAUUAAAUAUUUUAAAAGAAAUUACAUGUUGA